AUGUCCCAAGGCCACCGUCCUCCAUCGAGCGCAACCACGCCGCACGCGCCCAUCGCCCCCGUGGCUCCAGCAGCAGUGCACCAGUUGGCGACCCCCACGCCGUUACUCGUCGAUUCCUCGCUCCCAGCCUACCUCCUCCCCGCGGCGCUCAGUGCAUUAGCCGACAGCGCUGCAGCCGCCGUCCGGCGCAGGAUAGCGGCGGAGACUGAAGCCGAGGGAGAGAGUUCGAACAUGCUCGACGUCGGGAACAAGGGCAAGGACAAGGCCGCCGCGGAUAUGCCGCUCCUUGUCGACGCGGCGGUCGCUACACGCGUCGAGCGUAUCGGAUACAUGGUCGGUGGAUACAUUGCAGAGAAGCUCAUGGCGGCCCGGCCACCUCUCGCGACGCACCUCGACAUGAUCAAGUUUGUGUGCAAGGACCUCUUCCUGUACAUCUACGGCAAGCAGAUAGACAAUCUCCGAACAAACCACCGAGGUGUGUUUGUGCUGCAGAGCCAUGCAUUCCCACCGCUCGAGUCACUCAGCUCGUUCCGUGGCGCUGCUGCCGACCUGGACGCCGCCCGCCACCACCUCGUGUUUCCCCAGGCGCUGAUCCAGGGCGCCCUAGCGCGCCUGGGUAUGCACACAACUGUUACGUGCGAGAGCUCGCAGUUGCCGCAGUGCACGUUCCAGAUCCGUACCGUCAAGAACACGACGAGCCGCAAGGACAGUGCCGGCGCUGCAAGCAUCCUCGGACCCAUGUCUCCACCUGCACGCUAG